CCUGAUGAACUCAACAAAACCAACUGCGGAACACACCGCGGGAGGCCAAGGACGAGAUUAAUCGAGGAAGAAAACAAAAUGAGGAUUGGAGGAGGAAUGGUGUAUGGAGCUCCACGCGCCACUUCUCUGCUCCUUGGCCACGGCCUCAGCCGCCGGCCGACGCUACGCUGCUUCUCCGCCGCCGCUUCUCCUUCUCCUACUCCAUCGCUUCUAUUUCCCGACCAUACGGAAUUCAUCAGAGAUGUAGCAGCGAUUCAGCCUCCCAAGCAUUUGCCCCACUUAAUGAGAAUGCUCCGCACCAGAGGAGAUUCUAUUGUUUCACCUGGAGACAAGCAAGGGUUAAUCCCGCUAGCUAUUCCACUUGCGAAAACUAGCUCAGCUUCUGACUGGGAGUUUGAUUUAAUGUUAAGGAUAGAUGAUUUAAUUGCAUUGCUGAGAUGGCCAACUGCGCCGCCUGGGAUGGAAAUGCCGGUAGUAGAGGUUCGAAAAUAUGGAGUUUGGCUUCUGGCAAAGACGGUUGAUCAAUUCAUCCACAGAAUCUUGGUAGAGGAGGAUGCCAAUUUGCUUUACAAAGGCAAUGAUGAGAUAUUUGAUGCUGCAGCGGAUGCAGGGGAGAAUCUAUAUACCAAGGGUGACUUUGCUAAAUCUCAGAUUUCCGAUCUAGAUGUUUAUCUGUUAAAGAAGGUUGGCUUGUUUCCUGAUGUCCUGGAGCGCAAAGUGAUGCGCCAUUUCGAGAAAGGGGACCAGGUUUCUGCUUUGGUUACUGGGGAAUACUAUACAAGGAAAGAGCACUUUCCGGGAUUCGCAAGGCCCUUUGUAUUCAAUUCCAAGAUAUUGCUCAAGGUUGGGCGUACGCUAGAAGCUAAAGAUGCAGCCAGGGGUGCUUUGAAGUCGCCAUGGUGGACUCUUGGUUGCCCUUAUAAGGAAGUCGCCGAGAUAGCAGAAUGGGAAGAUGAGCAGAUUGAGUACAUGCAAGAAAGAGUAACAGAAGAUGGAAGGCAACAAGACCUUAACAAGGGGAAAGAUCCUGCUCAGAUUGUCCUGGACGAGGCAGCGUUCUUACUGGACUUGGCUUCCAUUGAUGGUAGUUGGGACGAUUACUUGGACCGGAUUGUCGGCUGCUAUAAGGAGGCUGGUCUUCAUGAUGUUGCCAGAUUCUUGGAGUACAGAGACUGAGAGUUGAGUGUCAAAAGAGAAAUUUUCUUCUCUCUUCAUGUUAAGAUUACACACUGCGAACUCUUUUUCGUUUUCGAUAAUACACAAUGCAGAGUUCAAUUACAACUGGAUAUGUUCCCUUCUGCAAGGUCUUUGGAAACUACUUUCCAGGCAGCUUUUCCUUAUUUUCUCACAUUCAGACGCGCCAAUACAAGAAAAGGACCCAACAAGCUGGGCUUCAAUGUUCGUAUAUCUACAGAAGCAAUGCACAAAGCUCAGGCGAAACAAGCCAAAGAAGAAAAUAAAGGCAACUCCAUCUUUUCCAAGGGG